CCGUGGUCAGUCACGCGUUUUCGCAUCACGAACUUCUGUUUAAAACCCAACCGCGAACCGUGGCCUACCGCAAUAUGCACAAAUGUAAAUAUCGUAAACCGUCGCUGCAAAUAUAAAUUAAUUUCCAAUUGCUCGAAAUCGAGUGUUCAACCAUCGUACGCUCAGUGAUCGCUGUGAAGGAUUCGAAACGUUCGAUCAGAGUGACUCCGUAUCCACCGUUUCUAAGAUUCUCAGAUAUUUACCAUGCAAACCAACGUUCGACCGAUGGUUGUUUCAGGCGCAGAGUCCGCAAACAGACCGCCGGUCCCGCCGAGGCGCAAAAAACGCAAAGCCAAGUUUCCACCAACCGUGAAAUCUCCGCAAGGAACGUCACCGACCAGUCGUAACAAGCCGGACAGAAAACGUUUGCCACCCCCGCCGCCGCCCCCACGGGCCGCCCGAAGAGUCAAAUGCCACGCUGCUAAAGAUCAUCGAGAAGAAACGAUUUCUACCAACGAGGAAACAGAGGACUCCCUAAACAGUCUGAGUUUAAACGAAACGGAGGCUCCGCAGCCGUCGUCUCUGCAAUUCUCAACCGACAGAAACGACAACUACGACACUGUCGACGCUGCCGAUUCAUCGAACGAACGUUCCUUCCCUCUGUACGAGACUCUGACGAGGAAGGAGACGAACCAGUACCCGCCUCUGCUGUUCACCUUGCAAGACUUUCAGAACGUGAUGUCCAGCACGCUGCAACACGAGGAGGAGUCGAGGAUCAGAUCGUUUCGCGAGUCGUUCGAGCACUCGUUGGACGACGAAGAGAACGACCUGUGCUUCCGUGUCACGACGACGAACCUGCCGUUCGAGAAAUGCUUGGAUAGGUGGAACGCCAUGUUCGACAAGUUCGACGAUUCCAGCCGCUUCAUCUUCGACGACUACAUCGACAGAAGCAACAAGGUGAACGUUCGACGAUCCACCGGACCGAUGAGCGGCGAGAGCCUCGACGAGGAGCCAAUGGUUCCACGCUCCACCAAGGUGAGAUUCGUGAUCGAGUCGCCGAGUUCCUCGACUCCGGAUUACGAGCUGGACGAGGACGGCGAGGCCACGUGCGACAGUUUGCAGAAUAUCGAUUCGCUCGUGGACGAGGAAGCCGGACACGCUCGCGCUUCCGUCCAGUCGACGGAAGUCACGGCGGAGACGGACGAGGGAGAAACAGGCCACGAGCAAGGUUUCCGGAACGAUCAAUUCGGCGACGUGCCUUUCGGUUCUGUUUUGACGAAUCGAAAUUCCAUCGUCGAAUGGCCGUCGUUGAAGAGCGUGCUGUCUUCUAUAGUUCCGGUUAAUCGAGGAUCUAAUGGCGAUUCUUUUCGAGGUUCGACCUCGCUGGAGUCGCAGAACGAGUCGUUCGAGUCCGCGUUAGAGAUUGACAAAUUGGAAACCGUGAACGAGGCGGAGAAUUUAGGGGAACCGGAGGCAGAGUGCGUUUCUGUGUCGAACGAAGACGAUGGUUCGAUCGAGAAGGAAAAUUUGGCACGGAGCACUUCGGUAGAUUGUAUUGUACACGAGGCAACUCGAGUCGCGGAGAUUGAAAAUAAUAAUAUAGAAGAGAUAACCUUGCAGAGUACAGAGGAAGUUGUGAAUGAUGUCGAGCAGGAUUUGAAAGUGAACGUAGUAAACGAGCAAGAAACAGCGAUCGGUGGGUUUGAAGUAAAUGAAACAAAUGAGACGGAGGACUGUGUCGCAGAGGAAGAUUUAAUAUCGGAUAAAGUAAGUUACGAAGCAAAUGAAAAAGUGUCAUCGGUGGAGGAAAGUAACAAGAAACAGUCGACGGAGACCGAUUUGCCCAAAAAGUCGAGUCAGGAAUACAAACGAAAGCUCUUCGUGGCCGAGUCGUUUCGAAAUAUAAAUCAUGAUUCUUCGUCGAACGACCCUGAAGAAGAACGAGCUUCCGAAGAGAACGAUGGCGCUCCUGUUUCUUCAAUUAAAGACGAAGAUGUUUCCUUUUUGCGAAAUAAUUCCGUCAGCGUUCCAGUUAACAUUCGACGAAAUUCUUUCUUAGAAAAUAUGCUGUCGGAAGAUUCGAACGAAGUCUGGAACGUGUCGACGAGUUGCAAGAUCGUCGGUGCCUGUCCAAAAUUAUCGUUGACGCGCGAAGAUUCGGUCUCAGCGACGAAAGACGAGGGUAAACUCGCGAACAGGUUGAACGUAUCGAUAAAAAUGGACACGGAGAUCCAGAAGAUCUUGCAAGAGUCCGACGAAAUAUCGAAGAAAGUAGACAACGCGAUUCCGAAGCUGAGAAAGUCACCUGUGAUCGUCAAACCUACGAAAAACGCUGGCGAGGCGAAGUGCAACGUGUUGAACGAGCUGCUCUCCAAUUUUGGCAAGAUUAAAUUGAAACCAGUAAACGGUGGAAGGCAAACCGAUAUCGAGAAUCUUGCACUUGCGAUCGACGAAGAGAAAAUCGAAACGAUGACGGACAGUUGCGUGGAAACUUCGAGCAACAACGGCGAUAAGUCUCCAACGGACGAUAGGAACAUGUAUCCGAAAGAAGUGUCAAGCAAUCGCGAGGAGCUGACGUUCGACAAGAGCUCCGAAGAAUUUCUGAAAGAGAAAGACUAUCUGAAGAAUUACGAAAUCAAGAGCAACGGUAACGGAGAGGUCGUAAAGGUGGACGUACACAGAUCCUUGAACGAGGAUUACCCGAAGUCGUCGAGGAGCGUGCUCGAGCUUCGAGUCGAGCCGGACAAAAGCGAAAAGGGUGACGCGUCUCUCGAGGAAAGCCACGUAGCGGUCGAAAGCUCCGCAGAACCUCUGCAGAUCGUGGUCUGCAGCGAAAAGACUGACGCAAAAGUUUGCGAGGACGAGCUGGACGAUCGUGGCGAGAAGUACGAGCCGCCUAAUCGUGGCCGGCAGUUAGAUUUAAGGAGGAGUAGCGGCGAGAAAAGUGCCAUAGCUAGAAGAAUUCCUCGACCCCAUUGUAAUAAUAAUGACAAUAACAGGGCCGUAACACCCGUAGCUGUAAGUGACGACCAAUCCCACGACGCUGUUACGAUAACCCCUGGUAGAGUUAGGAGCUUCGUUAAGUACUACGAGAUUCGCGGCGAGGCGACGAACGACAAAGAUUCUAAAACUAACGAUAAAGUAGAUACGAAUAAGAUGACGGGACACCAGUCGGUGUUCAGCAUUCGAAGGGGCCUGGAGGCGAGGGCCAUCGAGGCUAGGUCCUUCGACGCGCGAAGGGAUAAUUUUCAAAUAUCGCUCGCGGAGAGGAGCACCGAAAGGUUGGUAGGUCCGAGGAAAGAGGCCAAGCGUUCUGGGAUUAUGGAGAAAGUUGGAAUCGAAGUUUCGAGUCGAUCCGACGAUAGCGGCGCGAAGAUACCCGAGGAAGAUAGCGAGGAAGAGAAGACGCUGCAGAAGUCUCACGGCGAUUCGAGCACGCGACCCGGUAAGGUUAAGAGGAAGAAGUCAGUGAAAUUUCAAGGCGGAUACACUGUGAUCGGCGCGAAAAGUCUCAAUGAGGAUGGUUCCGUAGGGAGCGCCACGAACCAGGAUCCAAAGUCGAUGGGAAAGAGAAAGGCUCCCGGCAGACCAGAAACGAAAGAAACCAUCUUGGACGAAAAAGUGGACUCCGAUGCUAUCGAGCCUGAGGGAUUGGACGCUGACUCGUGUUCUUUCCAAAAAAGAGAAAUUGCUGCUCAGAUACACGCUGCAGCCGAUCGCGAGGACUGUUCAGGUAUUAAUCGCUUCGUUACAAAACCAGAAACCCCACGCCUCGUAUUUUAUUGUACUGUAUAGUUAAACCGUAGCUUCUACAAGUUGUCGUCGCCGUUUCCCCGAAUCUCGACGAGAUUUUGCCGCGGCGCCUCGUAAGCGUCGCAGCAGUAUUACUCUUUCGAACGUUUGUUUCGAAUCUUAAUCGAAGAACAGCGUUUGCAGCGCUAAAUUCAUUUCUUUACAAUCGAUUUAAUUUACUAACAUCUUCAAAAAAGAAAAAAGAAAACGAAACUAUCGGUAUCAAAUUAUAAAAUUAGUCAAAACCAAUCUUAUCAACUGCCCUUAGAAAGAUAACAAGAUCGCGUACCAACACAUUUUACGGUACAAACAAUUCUCGAAACCAUGGUGAAAUCACAGAAACAGUAUUUUUAAAUAAACGUGAAAAAUCAGAGCAUUUCUUUAAUUGGAUUGGUCAACGAAACUAUCGGUAUUGAAUUAUAAAAUUAGUCAAAACCAAUCUUAUCAACUGCCUUUAGAGAGAUAACAAGAUCGCGUACCAACACAUUUUACGGUACAAACAAUUCUCGAAACCAUGGUGAAAUCACAGAAACAGUAUUUUUAAAUAAACGUGAAAAAUCAGAGCAUUUCUUUAAUUGGAUUGGUCAACGAAACUAUCGGCAUUGAAUUAUAAAAUUAGUCAAAAUCAAUCUUAUCAACUGCCUUUAGAAAGAUAACAAGAUCGCGUACCAACACAUUUUACGGUACAAACAAUUCUCGAAACCAUGGUGAAAUCACAGAAACAGUGUUUUUAAAUAAACGUGAAAAAUCAGAGCAUUUCUUUAAUUGGAUUGGUCAACGAAACUAUCGGCAUUGAAUUAUAAAAUUAGUCAAAAUCAAUCUUAUCAACUGCCUUUAGAAAGAUACCAAGAUCGCGUACCAACCACGAUGAAAUCACAGGAACGGUAUUUUUAAGUAAACGUGGAAAAUCGGAGCAUUCCCGGGUCCUUUAAUUGGAUUGGUCAGCAAACGAAGCGUGGUCGUUGGACGAUCAGCGCGAAAAGUAAUCGCGCGUUUCCGAACGGUUCGCCCUCUUACGCGGCGAAAGAGCACGCGAUACGUUUCAUUUUUUGGUAAACCGUUUACGAUACAAGUUUCUCGAGGGCUGUCGCCGGGCAGAUCGGCUACAAGGAGAUUUACCGAUACCCUGGUAGGAUUUAGAGUCGCCGUACGUACGGCGGGCAAACAGAUUUUUCGGUCAAGUGCAUUAGCUACGACCAGACCGACCGUCUUUGGUUCGGAUUUAUUCGAUUUAGCCCGGCAACCGGGGCCGUACGUUUCCACGGAGCUCCCUGGCGUAAUUUCUUGCGUCAUUUUGUCUGACUUGUUUUACGUAUUUUCGGAUAAUGGGGCUUCCCUGGAUUUACUGCACCCUCGACGAGAGCGAACGGAACGGAAAACAAAAAGGAGGCAAAAUUUGUGGCUUCGUACAGGAUCGGUAUCUCUUGGGGAACCAAUUGGGGUUCCAAUUGGCCGAGAAUUUUUGUACGAAAUUGGACAUAAAAUUGAAUUUUCUUUCUUUGCUUUACGUGGCCAGUUUUUGGGCAGCCGUUUGAACGCAUCGUUUUGAGUUAAAGUUGAAAAUGCGUUUGAACCGUUACGUGGAGCAUUUCAAAAGAGUAGAAAUAAUUUGAUUGGAUAAAAUUGCCUGGACUUUUACAACAAAAAAAGCUGAAAUUCGAAUAAUUAAAACCUGGGAGUUGUGAUUACGUAUUUGAUGGGACUUUGAGCGCUUUUAAAUUAAAAGAAGAUUAUAAAAAAUGAACGUUUCCAAAUUUUCUUUUUGAAAUGAGAAUAGCAAAAAGUAUGUGUAUCAAUGAAAUAGAAUACUAUUCGUCUCUUUUAUUAUUUAUAUUUUUUAAAGUGUACCUAAACUUGGAUGAAUGAAUUUUUUGAAAGUAUGAAUUCAAUUAGUGACUUCUUUAUAAUCUACAUUUAAACUUGGAUGACAUUUAUCGUAAGAAACAUAUUAAACAUAGAUAUUGUAUAUACUACAAACAUCUGAACAAGAACCUAAUUUUUCCACCGUUUUCAACCAUCAGUCAGAAUACUGCCACCAUAUUUCUAAUUUGUACCGAACUUCAAUUAAUUAAUUUCUAUGCUUCACGCGUUUCUACGGUAAAUAUCAUCGAAAUUAAUGUACAGAUUGUAAUGAAAGAGUUAAUCAAAUGUAAUUCAUAGCUUGUAGAUAGAAAUCAUACGUAUUGAUUAAACGUAACUCAUACUUUGUACAUAUAAUCCAUACUUAUUAAUCGAAUUGUAAUUGAUACUCUCAAAAAAUUCAUUAUUUAUAAUUUCAAAGUGACGAAAAAAACUGAAUAUUAACCAUAUACGUUAAGAUUCCAGGUUUCAUUUUGAAUACUACCCUACAAAAAUAACCAAUAUAUCAAAUUUUUAUUUUGAAAUAAUUCCUUCUCGAAGAUGUUAACACGUUGACUGUCACCCAUUCCAAGUAUUUAAAAGGAAAAUCGUAAACUCGAAGUGCCGGUCACCAGUGACCACCGCGACGGUCAACGUGUUAAUUCCAACGUGCUUGCUUCAGAUUCUGUGAAACGGUUUCACGCUUCGUUUAAAAAUUGUCGUUCGUUCGAACGCGAUACACGGCGAAUGCACAAUAACGUAUCAAUAAAUCUGGAAUAGCAUCGUAAAAAUGAAGCAAUCAGAAAAUAUCUUGCGCGCUGCAAAUCUGUUCUUUCGUUAAGCUGCCAUUAGCCUCGUUAGUUUCCGUUCGUCCGCUGAACGCAUUUGUUAGUCGUGUACGUUGAACAAAACGGCAAACAGCUUUUAGCUCUGUUAUUGUCGUAAACCUUCCUUGCGCGACUUUAUGUGUGAACGUUGUUUUUUGGCGUCAUAGAGUAUCGCAGGAUUCUCGUGUGCAUACCCUAUAUUGCCCUGUGCAUAUUGUGUAAUUAUAACGUAAACUGGAAGCAAUUUACGUGGCAGAGUAGCGAUGAAAUAAUAUACUUGUUGCGCUGUUGUGUUAUGUAUACGUGUUCAGCAGAUCAAUUUAAUACAUAUUAGUAGUCAGU